UUGAAAAAUUUACAGCAUAUACAAGAUUAGAGAGUUUUAAAGUGAAUGAUAACAAAAGCAAGCGUGCCCCUCUCCUUUUCACUUUCUCGGCCUCUGCUCUGUCCCUUUGUCUGAUACUGUGAAACAAACUUGGCCAUCUCAUUUCUUUUCCCAUUAAAAUUAGAGAGGUUAUUUUGCUUUACUCGCUCACUCUCCUGGUUUCUACCUCAGACCAUGCAUUCUUCUCUAUUUAAACAUCUGCAAAACCACUCUAAGCAGAAAAAAAGAUAAGCCCAUUUUCAAACCAUUCUUUGCAACUUAGUAUCUUCACCUCUGUCUUGGUCAGUCAGGCGCAAUGGUUGAGGAAUACUACUACAAGAGGAACCAUGUGCCAGCAUUUGGGAGCUGGGAUUGGAACGACAACUUCCCUUUCACACAGUGUUUUGAGUCAGCGAGGCAAGCUGGUUUGGUUCGUCACAGCUACUCUCAGUCUGAGGAUCGUGACCUUUAUGUUACAGGGGACUUGUAUGAGAAGAAAGAUGUCUCAUCCACCAUGAUCGUUGAUCCUCGCAGAAGGGCAAUGGAUCGUGACCAUCAUGAAAGGGAAACAAAAAAGAAGAAUUGGGUCAGUGACAUGGAUAGUGAACCCCCAAAACUAACCCCAAAACCUGUUGAUGAGGACUUGUACAUGAUCUCACCAGAGUUUCAUUUGGCCAAGAAGAGAUCAGUGCUGUGCUUAUUUUCUAGCUGCUUGUUACCAACAUGUAUUGCCUGAACAUGAAUCCUGAGGAAGUGGUUGAGAAGCCAAUUAAUGUACAUACACGUGGAUGAUGCUUAUGUAAAUUAAAGCCAUAUAAUUUUGUCCAAGAAGACUAUUAUCAUCCUAUUCAUUCAUGAAUAUUCAAAUAGUCAUGAAUAUUCAUUCACGGGAAGGUAUUCUUGUCAAUUUCAGGAUGGUUUGUUCUUUAACUUUUUUGUUUACUCUUUGAUGCAUAUUGCAUAAUGCAUAGGGUGAGCCGGUUCAAUUGGGAGAGGAAAGUUGGUUUGAAAAGCUGUGUAAAUGAAAAUGACAAGACAGGGUUUGAAAAAAGUUCACCUGUCCAUAUCAGCUAAUUCUCUUGUUGACCGAAUGACUUUUCCUAGUUCCUAUGAACAAUUUCACCCUGACAGAUACUGGAUAAUGA